CUUCCGUGUAUUUCAAGUAUAAUGCUCUCAUAUCUUUCGCUGUACACAAGAAGUUCAGAUUCUGGUUGCUGACUAAUAUUGUCGUUUCAACAUGAUCUAUGAGACAUCGUAUGGCACGGGGCAAAAACCCUUUUCUCCCGAUCCAAAUCGAGGGAAGUGGGAAAAACCAACAGACUUUAUAUUUGCCUGCUUUGGAUUAGCUCUGAAGAUGGAUGUAUUUGAUUUCACGUAUUACUUUCACUACGAUAUGGGCAUUCUUGGAAUAUUGCCAUAUUUUGUGUAUAUGGUAAUUUAUUUGGUUCCAAUCAUAGUCAUUCACUCCUUCGUGGGCCAGUUCUCUAGUAGUGGCUUUAUCUCCGCCUUUCGCCUAUCUCCCUUUUUCAAAGGCAUGGGUUACUUAAGCGGGUUUCUGUCUCUCUCCAUGCUUCUUUACCAUGUAAUUUAUGCUGCUAUUCCGUUAUUGUUCAUAAUAAACUCUUUUCGACCGACAUUACCUUGGAGUUGUGAUGGCCUAACAGCUUGGUUCAAUGAGACCAGUGGGCGACAGACUAUAUGUAAUAAGACAAUUAAUGGACAGUUCCAAAACUACACAAAAAAAAGGAAAAUUGAUGUACCUUCAUUUCUUUACUAUGAAUAUCAGUUUGACAGUAUGCGGGAGAAAGGAUUUCCAGAUCUUAAUGAAGACUAUGAGUUAUCCUGGAAGUUUGUUGGUCUCUUCGCUUUGGUUUGGGCAAUGGUUGCAUUUAUUUUUUAUAAAUUCUCGGAGGCGGCAAAGUUUGGAAAAUUCAUACGGUACAUGGUCAUUGUGACACUGGUUCUUCUUCUAGUGUGCUUCGUGCGUUUUCUUUUUCUCCCUGGAGGUCUUUCGUGGCUAGGAAAAUAUAUAGCUCCAAAGCCACGUUUCUGGGCCAUGGGAACUUUCUCAACAUUUACAGUCGCUAUAAGGGUCUUUGGAGCUGGCUGGGGCAGUGUAAUAGCCCUGUCCAGUUUCAAUGGAUUCAAGACAAACAUAUUGUCGUACAGUUGGAUUAUUUCCUUCGGACAGAUCGUUAUAUGCAUUUUAUUCAGCUUGGUUGCCUUUAUGCUGGAACACUAUUUCACAGAGCUUGGUGAAGGUUCAGAUGAAACCGAUGUACUGAACCUUUGGGUGAUGAUAUUGUCCAGUGCCAGUGUGUUGUCCACAAUGGGUUGGCCAAACAUGUGGACUUUGAUUUACUACACUACGUUAUUAAUGGCGGCUCUUAUUUCGAUAACGACACAAAUAUUCACUGUUCUUCAAAGUUUGCUUGAUGAGUUUGAGAAACUUAGAUUGAGAAAACAGGAGGUAACCUUUGGCCUUAUUGGUGGCCUUGCAGUAUGUUCCCUCUUCUUUUGUACAAAUCAUGGUAUUUCGUUCUUUUGUUCCUUCUAUUCAGAUGCCAUUUUGCUCCAUUUACUGCUUCUUUUGGUGGUUUUGUGGAUCUACGGCCUAGAACGUUUCCAGCGGGAUAUUGAGUUUAUGCUGGGUUACCAAUUGCCUUCCGGGAUUAUAUAUGUACUCCGUUAUAUAGCUCCACUUAUUUUACUGAUUUAUAUGCCAAUAAGUUUAAGAUGGUCCAUAGAAGAUUUGGUUUUUACCUCUGUAGGGGUCUUCGUGACGACUAUUAUACUGGUGUGGUUACCCAUUCUGGCAAUACCUGGCUACGGAUUUUACUGUCUUGCCCAGAGCACUGGAACCGUUUGGGAUCGCUUAAAACGCACCUGUCGACCCACAGAUUGGUAUCCGGUGGAGUUGAAUCAUCGCCAGCAGUAUGAGGAAGCUGUAGGAAACAUUGAAACCCACCAGCUUGUCGAGGUUACCGAGGAUAUAAACUAGUUUAGUUAUAAUUAAAAAUAAUUGAAUAAUUUCAAUGUAGAUUUGAUCAAAAAUAUUAAAAAUUGCCAAUUUUAAAUGUUAA